UCUUUCUCUGCCUCUCUCUGCCCCUCUAUCUCUCUGUAGCGCUCUGUUUUUUCUCCCUCUGCCUUUCCUCAGCAUCCCCCCUCUCAGCGAUGGCGUGUGUCAGUGCCGCUCGGCCGUCUGUGGCCUAACGCACACAGAGAGGACCCCUAUUCCUCUCCCGAUUUGCAGCGCAUUCCUCGGGUGUCUCUUCUCCCCGUGUCCUUCACCGCUCCUGCUGCCUUGCAGCUCCCACCCCGCCUCCCCGUGCGGGUGUCUGGGAGUCGGGCCCUCGGGGGUGGAGGAAAUCAACAUCGUGCUUCGCUGGGGAGCUGUGCAGAAUUAGCUAUGCCCUGCCCAGGCAUCUUUUGACCGGUCGGAUUCCUCCAUUUCUGCCCGCCUGCAAUCCAGAGGGCAGCGUAGGAUGAAAAUCUGCAAUCAUGAUGCAAGGACUGAAAAACCGAACCAGGAAAGCCCUGGGCUUACGAAAGAAAGACAAGGACAAAGAAACAACGAGCUCACCUGACAAAGAAGGAAGUGGAAGUGGAAAGAAAGGAAGCAAAAAGGCCAACGGGGCUCCCAAUGGUUUCUAUGGGGAGAUUGAUUGGGACAGAUAUGCCUCUCCUGAUGUAGAUGAGGAGGGCUUCAGCCUCCGGCCUGGUGACGAGGGUGAUGCAGCCUCCAAAGAAAAGCACUUUUUCUCGUCCAGCGACUCAGAGGAUGACGAGGACAGCAAAAAAAAGUUCAAAAUUAAGAUCAAGCCACUGGUAUCAGACAGUGCCAAGUGUGUGCUUCCAUCCAUGGACGAGCUAAAAGCGUCAGUGGGAGGCCUGGCGCUGUCCCCGUCUCUGAGGAGAAGUCCGAGACACAGUCCGAUGAAAAGGAACUUGUCCUGUGAGGAGAUCGCUAGACCCAGACGCUCAACCCCGAUACCGAGUCCUGCCCCAGAGACGCAAAGUGACAGGCUGUCACAGAACACUCCUGCCUUCUUUGAGCUGCCUUUAGAGAGAAAAUAUGCCAGAUAUGACGUGGUACCUUCGGAUGCGUGGGGAGAUUCUAGACCCCGAUCAGAAUCACAGCUGAGCAGAAGUUUUCCAACAGGGGCUCCGCCUCCACUCCCUCCAAAAAACAUUCCAUCGAGAAGUCACUACGGCUAUCCUUCAGAAUCUGCUGCCGAUCUACCCAAUGGGAGGGCGGCUCGCAGUUCGGCACCAAUCUACCUGAAUGUCCUCUCCCCAGCCUCUUACCGAGGCUCCCCUGCCCCCGACCUAGACGAUGUCUUUGGACCCAUGAGUGAGGACACCAUGUCUCCCAGAUGGGUUACUUUCACUGAUGACAGGCCCCCACCGCCCGAUGAACCGGCUCCACCUCCGCCACCCGACUCUCCUCCGCCAGACACACCUUCAUCCACCCCUUCCACCCCCUGCCUCUCACCUGGACCACCUCCAAACGAACCCCUACCUUCACCUCCGCCGUUUUCCCCUGGGUCUCCUCCUCGUUUCACUCCGCCAGACUCGCCUCCCUCCAUUCUACUCGGACCUCCUCCGCCAGAUGAACCAGCCCCUCCUCUGCCCCCAGAAUUCUCCCCCUCUAAUUCCCCUCCUGGGUGCCCUGAAGAGGAUGCUAUUGAUGAGGAGAUGCUGCAGUUUGCAGAGUACUCUUCCUCCCCUGCCCCCAUCAGCCCUGUGCCUCCUCUGCCAGCGGAGCGUAGAUCCCCUCGUGCUGGAGUCACGUCUCCACUGGUCCUUGGGGGUUUAGGGGGUAAGAGGACUCCAGAAGGUGUAAACCUGAGAGAAGAUGUACCAGACUUUGUGGGUUCCCCCAGAGAGCUGACGCCAAGCUUCAGGGGCACGCCACCUCCUCUUCCUCCAACUACCUACAGGUCUAUCAUGUCUUCCCCGGGACCCUACUCAGGCAGCAGCCCCUCAUCUCCAGCUCGUCCUACCACACCUCAGUCUCGAGGCAGCCCAGUCCCUCCGCCUCCUCCUCCUCGUCCGUCCUCCCGACCAAAGCUGCCCCCGGGGAAACCGAUCACAGACCUGACCCGGCCAUUCAGUCCGCCAGUUUCAAGCAGCCCCCCGCCUUUUGCCCCCCUGGCCCGGGCAGAGAGCUCUUCAUCAAUCUCCUCCAUUACCUCACAGAGUGCAGCGUCCACCCCAACUUUAGGAAGGGACCUCAACUUGUCCACCACAGGGUGCUCCAGAGGUCCCAGUCCACUCACCAUGGGACCCCAAGACACUCUGCCAGUGGCAGCUGCCUUCACAGAAACCAUCAAUGCCUACUUUAAAGGCGCUGACCCCAGCAAAUGUGUUGUGAAGAUCACAGGGGAGAUGGUGCUGUCCUUCCCCGCUGGCAUAACCAGGCACUUUGCGAGCUACCCAGCUCAACCUAUCCUCACUUUUAGCAUCAGCAACUACAACCGACUGGAGCAGGUCCUCCCUAAUCCACAGCUGCUGUGCUGUGAUUCCACUACAGACAGUGUAGACAGAAAGGAGUUCUGGGUAAAUAUGCCAAACUUGAUUAGCCAUCUAAAGAAAGUGGCUGAACAGAAGCCUCAGGCGACAUACUACAAUGUGGAUAUGAUCAAGUAUCAGGUCUCAGCAGACGGGAUCCAGUCCACUCCUUUGAACCUGGCAGUGAGCUGGCGUGGCGAUGGCACCAACAUAGACCUUAGAAUAGACUACAAAUACAACACGGAGGCUCUGGCUGCCCCGGUGCCGCUUCACGACAUCAACUUCCUGGUUCCUGUUGAUGGAGGCAUUGCCAAACUACAGGCCAUGAUCCCACCUGCCACCUGGAACCCGGAGCAGCAGACAAUACAGUGGAAAAUCCCAAGCCUGUCUCACAGGUCUGAGAAUGGAGGAGUAGGGGCUCUCCUGGGCCGGUUCCAGAUGAUCGAGGGUCCCUGUAAACCCUCCCAGCUGACAGUCCAGUUCACAAGCGAAGGAAGCACUCUGUCAGGCUGUGACAUCCAGCUGGUCGGGACUGGCUACCGGCUAUCAUUGGUCAAGAAGAGAUUUGCUGCAGGGAAAUAUUUGGCAGAUAAUUAGCGGACCUGUUUGCGAACAGAACCAAGAAAAUCAAUGGCUUUUGACUGUGAAGACUAUGGAUCAUCCCAUGUUUAGUGCAUUUGAAAAUUUAUCUUUAGGAGCCAUUAGAUUUAAUGGCUGGAGUUCAUUAGAGUAACAGAUAACAACACAGAGGUGAAAUGUGACAUUCUCGGUCAACUGACUGCUGCUGAGUUUAUGCAAGUAAAUACAAGUCAUUAGUUUUGUGCACUUGGAACACUUAUGAGCUUAUAUAGAGUAACGUUUAGGGAAACCCCAAGUCUAUGUUCUUGUUAACUUAAAAAUAAUUGUGGAUUUCAUACAGUGAUCCAGCUUUAUUUGUUCUAUUUUCCUCUUGUUUCACGGGUUAUCACUUCGAAUGCACUCUUAAAGAUGAUGUGAAUAAUUUGUAUGACAAAACAAUCUUAAACGAGGUGGAAAAGAUGGAAAACGUUUUAACAUAAGUUUGCUUUGCAGAUGUAUUCCAAUUAGUUAUAGUCACAUGGUACUGUCUGAUUUGCACUGCCACCUUUAAAUCAGAUGUUUUUUGUUUAUUUUCAACAUGUGUGACUGUCGUGAUUGUUGUCCAAGCAGAAUGUAUUCCUCUGUGUGGACAGCUUUGACACCGUCAUAUCCCUUUUAUCUGUCUUAUGAUUAAAGGUGACAGUUUAAAAUGACCUGCAGCACUGGAAGAACAUCAGCACUAUGAAUCCUAAGGUGCUCUUGACAUGGAAUUAUGUUUGCGCCUCAGUCCUGGGAACUUUAGGGAACAAUUUGAUCAUGGGUCAUGAUCAUUUCCUUCUAGCACAUAAAUUCGAUUUUGUAGGGAAACUUGUCACAAUAAUAAUUAGAGCAAAUAAAACUGUUUGCUCUAUGAUUUGUAUGCUUGAUCCAUUUAAUCAUCAUAAGCCCACGGUAACCAAGAUCCAAACUUAAUGCUAUUUUGCUUCCUUAGACUGAAUGAACCAUUUAGACUUGGUUAGCAAAGUUACAUUUUGAUUUAUAGUCGUCGUGAGUGUUUUGGAUUAUUGGAGCUAUAUUUGUGGCCAUAUUUGUAUGACAGGGUUGCGGGCUAAGUUCGCUGUAGGUUCACUCAAGUAAUAUAGAGCAGAGACUUCUAGGACAUGAUGUGCAACACGGCAGGAGAUUUGGCAGAUGGCUCAGAGAAUGAUCAAAAAGACACCCACAUGCACGACGGGUCCAGUUCCUAUUAACUGAGGUGGUGCCUUGCAGAAAACGAGUGGCAUAGUUGGUCCACUGAGGACACCACUGUCAUUGGAAAUGAAAAGGUUUUUUACUAAACUGUAAAUGUUAAAGGUGGAAAUCACCAGACGGUUGGGUGAAAGUCACAUAUCUGUUGAUGUCUUCACAGACAAAUUCACAUUUGAGCCGAUGUGAGUUUACUAACUAACGUUAUCUCAGGAUGAUGGUGGUUGAGCUGAGCGCUUUUGUUCGUAGUAUUCAGAGUAUUUUCAUUCAUUUCGUAAAAUAUCGAUAUUUGGUGUUUACGUAUUGAUAAAAUACUGCAAUAAUAUGCAGUGUCGGUUUUUUUCCCCACCUCCUAGUUUAUGGGGAUUGACUCAUUUUUGGAGGCAGCCUCGAGUGGACGUUAAAGGAACUGCAGUUUUGGUCAUUUCAAAGUCAAACAUCAGGCCUCAGUUUGUUGAGUGCAAAAGAGUUUCUUUACAAACCACACUUGAUGUGCUGGAAAGACUGUGCUCAGGGCUGAAGCGCAUACAUAACGCCAUACUUUCACACACACAGCCUUUAAACACUACUACUGGAAGCAUUUUUACCAUUAACGAGUCGUGUUGGCAGAGAGUUAGAGCAGUGUGACCUGGUGCACAACAAACGCAUCGAAUUACCACUAAAGGGCAAGUGCAAUGUUGAGAUACAUCAAAGGUCUCACAUUACAGGACACAGGUGGAGUUUGUGGUGGUGUUUUGUGGGUAGAAUUGCAUUAUACUGAGCUGACGCUUAUGUGUGAAGCUGCUACUUUCACUGGGACAGCUUGGGUAAUUUAUCCAGAAAUUAUAUUAGGAAGUCUAGAGAUGCAAGAGUGCCAUACACUGAGGAAAAGGACCUUUAAGUUUCCAGAGAAAUCUAAAGGGACCAGGGCUAUGGAUUGUAGGAGUUGCCUUUGAUGCUGCUUAUAAACUCUGACAAUAAUCUUUGAUGGAGGACAUCACAGAGCAAUGAAAAGAAGUGUCUAUCAAAAAGACAGCACUAUUUAUUUCCCUGCUUUAUUUUCUCCCUUUUCCCACCAUGUCGAAUAAAUGUUUUAUCAUUUUCUAAUAGCAAUAUUUAAAAGACUUAAGUGUAAAAAGUGUACAUAAAAAGCUAUGUUUCAAAUAUUUCUCUGAGCAUAUGGACGUGUCUGUGAUCGUCUCUUGGUUUCUUGAUGUCAGCGCUCAUAAUGCAUUUGGUUCUGCGUAACGACACACAACACUCUCUUCAUCUAACGUAGGUUUCUUGUAACAAAAAAACAAAGAGAAAAAAAAGAAAGAAAAGGUGUUGAUGAAUAACUCCAAACAGUGGCGCAUGAAAUCUGCACCUGUCCAUCGCCGGUCUUAUCAAUGCAAUACCACUUUAUCCAUUUCAGUGAGGUCAUGAUGUGUGUGUUGUUGUAUCAGUGUGCUUUGAGAAGAGACUCCUUUGCCUUCACUUGCGCCUCCAUUCUCUAUUUUGCUGGUGAUGCACCUUCAGAAACUCAUUGUCAAUCAAAUCUGGCAUGCGUUCAAUGACGUACCCAUCCCAUGCAUCCGAUAUAGGUGUUUGACAUCCUCCUGUGUUUGACUUGCACACAAAAGCACACCUUCAAUUUUCUUCAUGAAACAAAUUGUUGCUUCAUGUCACAUGUGUGUGUUUCACUUUUUUACAGAGCGUUUCCAUGUGUUGACUCACACUUUGGACUCGGGCGAAAUUCAGUUCCUUAGAAAAAGAAACAUGGCUUUUUUUUGGUUGAGUAAGAACGACUUUUGUUUUUCUUCUGUUGAAUAUGCUUAUAUUUUUCUUUGCCUUAUUUUUGAGUGUACACUAAUAUUCCAAAACCAGAGGUUUUCUGUAAGUUUAUUUUUUCUACAACUUUUUUGGCUGUAUGUAUUCUUUCACUGCAUUAGGAUCAGAAUAUGCAAACAUUUCAUGUAAAUUUCCCAUCCAAAGAUUUUGAGAGAAAAUAUAUGAAAAAAAAAGUCAUUAUAAUGUAAUACCUGUUUUACUUGGUAAUAAAGAAGAGGAAAUAAGA